GUUAUAUAUCUCCUAUGCCCAAAAAACCCAUGUCGAUUGAAGGAAUCCCAACCAACGCUACACAAAGAUCCCCUAAACACACUCCCUUGCAAAAAGCCUAACAUGCCCAACUUUUGUCCUUGCAAGUAAGAUAUUAGAAAGAAGAGAUGGCCUGGAAAGGGAAACCCAUUAUUAAACAAGCCUCUCCAAAACUCCAUACAUGAUACAUACGUUAUUUUUAUCCCCUUUUGGUUCUUUCUUUAAAUGCGUUUCUCACUCUCUAGAUGGAAUGGAAGAAUGGGUGGUUCGUGGUAAAAUAGUUCAAACAUAAAUUACUUUGCUGAUCAUGGGGAGUUGUGAUAGUUCUUGUUUCUUUAAUAAGGGGGAGGGUAGGGCAGUUAUAUUGGGUGUGACUUUACUUGUGGGCUGGUGAGCCAAGUUAGUACCCAUUUGGCUUCUUCUCUUCAAGCUCCCAAGCAAAAACCUUCAGUUCAAAAAGCCUCGGAGGGUUGGCCUUGGUUUUGGAGUGAAAAAACUAAAAAUUAGAACGCGAGAGAGAGAGAGAGAGAGAAGGGAGGGAGCUUUUGUGUGCGUGUGGGAGCUCUUUCACCUUGCUCUUGCACUUUAUUCUCUUCUUCAAAUUCGAUACUUUGCUCUGUGCCCCAGAACGAGGUUUUUUGUUACCCUGAGUUUCUCUCUCUGUCUCCCUUUUUGUGUCUCGUACAUUGUCUUAUUAUACUCUCAGAAUCUCAUAGUCUUACUUUCACGCAUCAUUUCUCUCUCUGUCUGUUUCCGGUUUUAAUUGCCUCUCUUUCAGUUUCUCAUAUUUUCUUCAUUUUCUCUGUUUUCUCUGGACUGGACUCGCAAGGGAAGAGAAGGAAGAAAGCCUGAACCGGGCAACUGGGUAGUUCUUGAAUUUCACUUUCUGUUUAUAAAAUGCCGAGGAACUGGGACUUUCUUUGUUGCCUCGAUUAUUUUCUCUUCAUUUCUUGAGCAAGCAAAGCAUUACCCAUUUCUUCUCUUCAGCUCCCUCGCCUUAUUCACCUAGUUAUUCCCCGUUGGGUUUAGCAUAAAACCAGAGCGUUCUAAAUAAACUUAUUCUGGGCUCUUUCCAAAAAAUUUUGUUUCCAGGUUUCUUUCUAUUCAAAUUCUAUUCUGAGCAAAACCCAGAAGAUAUCGAGUGAUGGUUUAAUAAAGAGGAACUGAAAUUUAUCAUUAUUGCCGUAAAAAUUUGGAAGGCUUUAUGAAUUUGUGAAACAAUGAGAGAUGGGAACUCGAAGAAAAGCAAGCUUUCAUGGCCCAAGACACUGGUCAAGAAGUGGUUCAAUAUCAAGAGCAAAGCUGAGGAAUUUCAAGCAGAUGAUGUCAUUUGCGGAGGUGGUGAUGAAGAUUGGAGAACCAACUUCUCAGAGAGAGAGGCAUGCACCAUCAAGAAAAGCAAAACAGAGCGAAUGAACAGGAGGAAUUCUGAUCGAGUCCGAAGAAGUAAGAUUGACAUUGAUGCUGCUCAAGUCACUGAUGUACACAAUUAUAGGAUUUUUGUAGCAACAUGGAAUGUGGCUGGAAAAUCUCCUCCAAGUUAUUUGAAUCUUGAAGAUUGGCUUCAUACCUCUCCUCCCGCCGACAUUUAUGUUCUUGGGUUUCAAGAAAUUGUUCCUCUAAAUGCUGGCAAUGUCUUGGGUACAGAAGACAACGGUCCAGCCAGAAAAUGGUUAGCUCUUAUUAGGAAGACUCUAAAUAGUCUUCCUGGUGCAAGCGCGGGUUAUCGUACUCCUUCCCCCACCCCUGAUCCAAUUGUAGAAUUGGAUGCAGAUUUUGAGGGAUCAACAAGGCAGAAGGCCUCAUCUUUCUUCCACCGUCGCUCCUUUCAAUCAUUGAGCCGGAGCAUGAGAAUGGAUAGCGACAUGACAAUGCCUCAACCUAGACUUGAUCGACGUUUCAGCGUCUGUGAUAGAGUUAUAUUUGGGCAUAGACCAAGUGAUUAUGAGCCUAAUUUCAAAUGGGGCUCCUCGGAUGAUGAGAAUGCACCUGGGGAUUCACCAGGUACCACUCAUUAUUCACCAAUUGACUACAGUGGAUCCUUCUCAUUGGAGGACAGAGAUAGGCAAACAGGGCAAUCAAGGUACUGUUUAGUUGCCAGUAAGCAAAUGGUUGGAAUAUUUCUAACAGUAUGGGUAAAGAGUGAUCUCAGAGAUGAUGUUCGCAACAUGAAAGUGUCUUGUGUGGGCAGAGGAUUGAUGGGUUAUCUUGGAAACAAGGGUUCAAUUUCAAUUAGCAUGUCAUUGCACCAAACAAGCUUUUGCUUCAUCUGUAGUCAUUUAACAUCUGGGCAGAAGGAGGGAGAUGAGCUACGAAGAAACUCUGAUGUCAUGGAGAUCCUUAGGAAGACAAGGUUUCCCAGAGUUCAUGGUAUGGGAGAUGAGAAUUCCCCUCAAACAAUUCUGGAACAUGAUCGAAUUAUUUGGCUUGGGGAUUUAAAUUACCGUAUUGCCUUGUCUUACCGAACUGCAAAGGCUCUUGUAGAGAUGCGCAACUGGAGGGCAUUGUUAGAGAAUGACCAGCUACGGAUAGAACAGAGAAGGGGGCGAGUCUUUGAGGGAUGGACUGAAGGGAGGAUAUACUUCCCUCCCACAUACAAGUAUUCUAACAACUCAGACCGAUAUGCAGGAGAUGACAGGUGUCCAAAGGAGAAGCGAAGAACCCCUGCAUGGUGUGACCGAAUAUUGUGGUAUGGAAGAGGCCUCAAUCAGUUAUCUUAUGUACGCGGGGAAUCAAGGUUCUCAGAUCAUAGACCAGUUUAUAGCGUAUUUUUGGCUGAGGUUGAGUCCAUAAAUCGCAGCCGAAUCAAGAAAAGCAUGAGUUGUUCCAGCUCCAGAAUUGAGGUAGAGGAGCUACUACCACAGGCUGGAUACACUGAGCUCAAUUUCUUUUAAGAGAUAGUUUCUGAUUCUGAGUCGUGCAAAGCAUAUUCAAGAUUGACGGAUGAACAGCACAGCCAAAGAUUCUUUAAAUACAAGUUGUUUUGUACAGAAUGCAGUUGCUCAAAAAUUUCAAACUUUCAUUGGUUUCCUCAGUCUGUCACAUUAAGUUCUUAUCAUAUAUGCUUCUCUUAAUUGUCUUAUUUCAUGUGCCUAUGAGACAUAUAAAGUAGCCAAAUUGGUGGACUAAAUGCAACCUGCCUGAGUGUCGCUACCAAGCUAUACAAGUUAGGAUCUCUAGGCCAGAUGAAUGAGGAACCUUUUCACUGCCAAAAAAAUGCCGAGUACUUGAAUUCCAAUGGGGAAAAAAGAUAAUGUGGGCACUGUUGAUAAGAAACUCUGCCUUGGUGGUGAUAGACAUUCAGUUGCCUACAAUCCAAUAAAGGUACAGAGUUUGUGUAUAUUUUGUCAAUAACUACUGACUAGAAAAGAUUGCAACUGGACCAUUUCUCACGCAACAAAGGAAGUGCUAAUUUGCAAAUGUAACUAAUCCUGGCUCAGAACAAGCAUGUGGGCAUUAUUGCAAGGAGAAGGACUUGCCAAGUUGAAGAGCUGUUUACAGGUCUAAUUUGCUGACAAUUCAAUUUGUACAAGGAAAAUAAAUAAAUUCAGAGAAACAUCAUCCACCAAAAGAGAUGGGAGAAUCAAUGUUUUUUUUUUUUAAUUUUUUUCUUUGCUUUGUACUUGGUAUUAGUCUAGAAAAUAUUAGCAAAGGAAGCGCGGGAUGUGAUGGCUACUUAUAAAAAAAAAAAAUUAAAAGAAGAGUUGAAGUUGUGAUAGAUAUGAAGCAUCUUUUUCUGCUGCUGCUAAUGACUUUACUGAAAAAGGAAAGAAACUUACUUGAUCAUCUCUAAUUGUCAUUUUUUCUUUUCUUCUGAAGAGAAGCUUAAAAUUAAACAGGACAUGAAAAGAAGUAAACGAGUGGAGAAAAAAGGCGAACAAGUUUGUGCUUGGUUAAAGCAUGUCAGGUGGUUGUCCUUGCAUCGUUGAGUUCUGAAUUCCAAUUUUUUGUCACUGUUUGUUUCUGAAGCCUUUUUUUUUUUAGGGGCAAUUUUGCCCCUAUUUUUUGGAUUUUUUUAAGCAUCAAAUGAAAACCAAGGGCUAUUUUGAGAA